AUGCCGCAGCAGAACAAGCGCAAGGCGGAGGAGGACGCCGCCGAUGCGGACGCCAGCAACUUCCUGGAGGAAGCCCAGCGCUCUGUUGAUUUCCUUUUCUCGUCGACCGUCGUACUGCCAGGUGACGACAUCACGGACACGCUCACCAAGACAACGCGUCGCGUCAAACUUGGCUCCGGGCUCAAGCAGCUACCAGAUGAGCGGAUUGUAUGCACCAAUGCCGGCGUUCUCCGUUAUCGACCAGCAAACCGCUACUGGGUCGAGUUCAACCACAAACGCUAUAUUGCGUCGAUGGACGACGGCGUCAUUGGCAUCGUAACUGACCGCAAUGCCGAGUUCUACCGCGUGAACAUUGGAGCAGCUGCCAGCGCUACUUUAGGCUCACUAGCGUUCGAUGGUGCAACGAAGAGGAACCGUCCGAGUCUUCGUCUCGGAUCUCUCGUGUAUGCUCGCGUGAGUAAGACCAACCCAGAUGUAGAGCCUGAAAUCACUUGCGAAGCUCCUCCAAGUGUGACCAAGAAGGAUUGGAUGACUGGCUUGGCCAUCUACGGUGAGCUAAACGAUGGCUACGUAUUUAAGACGUCCAUUGGCCUAGCAAAGUCACUACUGCACGAAGAUUGUCAGGUGUUGGCGUCUUUGGGAAAGAAGCUGGCGUUUGAGGUGGCAGUUGGAGUCAACGGUGUCGUGUGGGUAAACGCCAAGACUACGAAGAAUAUCACGAUCAUUUCCAACGCCAUCAUGAACUCCGAGACGAUGUCUCCCAGCGAAGUCGACGCUAUGGUGUCUCGGCUUGUGGAAGACGCCGACGACGCUUAA